UGACACUACUGCUACUAGUGCGUCCUACCGUAUCUCGUGUACCUGCAGAAGCCCAUACUUUCAGUUUCUUUGCCUUUGCCAUUGCCGGAAGGCGUUGCUCGCUGUCGGCUUCUCGCUGAUCGAGUUGCCCCGAGACGCACCCACCUACGUUGCAACGACUGGACCCCACAUAAGCGCCUGUCUUCCCUCUUCCUCCCUUUGUCUUUGUCUACUUGCACUGGUAAAGACAAUCUAUGACCCAGCUUCUUGUUCAUUUUCUUCCUUCUCUCGUCUGUUCAUCUACCUGUCUGCGUCUCACUCCCUUUGAGCUUUCAAGUCUCGUGUCCGUUCCGCUUCUUCCCCACCGGCUGUGUCUUGUAUGAUAUCUGCGUUGUAAGGUUUCAUCAGGAGUCAGGACAACUCCCUGCCAAGAAAUUUCUACUUACUACUCCAGUUGCAGGGGCCGCCGCAUGGCUGGGUGCCGUCCCCGUCCCAGAUCAUCAUGGGGCUCUUGAGCUUUCUUUCCCCUCGCAGGACGCCCGAUGAAUCACUGGGGGGUUCCCUUACCAACACCGAGUCCCGACCCUACAAUACGACGGCGCCCUCGCUGGCCCCCGUCAAAGGGACGUACCCCGUGGCUGGCAAUGGCCUUGGCACUCUGAAGAAGUCUCAUCUCAAGUCUAGCCAGAGGAGUCUCGCCCUCGACGACGCCUCCGAGAACUCAGCUCCCGCACCCUUCGUUCCCCUGUUCCGUGAGCUCAGCGUCGAACGCCCUCAAACCGCUCCUCAUGAAGCCGGCCCCAGCCCUGGAGACACGCGAAGGGAACUCCGCCGUGCAAGGAGUAGGAGGGAAUCUUUCCUGUCACAACCGGUGCCCGCCCGGAAGGCAAGCCCCGAAACGGGCUCCAUUGCGUCGACCACGUAUUCGACCACAUAUUCUAUCCCCGAAUCCGUCCGCCAGAUCCCUUCGAUGCCUCACUUGCGCCUCCAUUCGUCCGCUGUUUCUGUCGCCAAUACCUCUAAAGCGUCAACGCCUAGUGUGAGCUCGGGACAUGGCUUUGUGGAUCUUCUCGAUGCCCAGUCCGAGCUCAGACCCCUCAACUUCCAUUGCAGAGUCAGGGCCGCCGGUGCGAGGGACUACAGCGAGGAUGUCGCUGACCGCAAUCUUGGAGAGAAUGGAGUCGACCUCACCUCACCUCAGGUGCAAGCCUUUUAUGCUGAAAUGUACACAACCGCCGCCCAACGGCCUUCCACCGCGUCGCCGUUGUCCCACUCGCAAAAGCCAGCUGCAGGUACCUUAGGAGCCAGCAAACACCUCUUCCAUCCAGUCACUCGGAGCGGCCACCCCAUGUCCGUACUGAACCCCUUGACGCAGAACCCCGUGACAGCUGCAGAUCAGGAGUUCCUUGCCAGUUGCGGCGAGCGGAUACGUCGCCGUUUGUCUGAGACGGGGCCAGCCGGGCUCGGACGGAGACAGUCGCUGGGCCCAUGCAGCCCAUACUCAUACUCAUACGCCACCAGCUCAUCUCGCCUACCGGGGAAGCAGACCGCGAGGCCGGAGACCAUGCACAGGCCGAAUCAAGUUGCAUCCGCCAUGUCCGAGGCGAAGGGAUCGCCACGCACGACCACCAGUUACGGAUCGUUAUCUACGGACGCCCGUGCCGACAGUGACACGUAUGCUCAUGCCGACGCCGACGCCUACGUCUACGUCUACGCCGACGCUGACUUGGACAUACGCAAUCACCCCGCUCCGACUUUUAGCCCCCAGCUGCCGCCACCGUUGCCAUCUUUUGCACGGGACUCGGUCUUACUUGCCAGGACGAACUACUCGCUUCCCCUGAGUCUGAGGACAUCAGAAGGCUCCCUUAACGAGGAGCUAUGCGUGAAAUCUUCGGCGCACAAGACCUCCUCGGCCGUUUCCGAUCAACACCUACACCCCGACGGAAUGCCGACGAUAUCCUCCGCAAACAGACCAUCAUCGCGGAGAUUGUCUCGUCCGAGGAGUCUACGCCUCGACAUGCCCGGCGGCCCUCCCUUAGCCGCAUCCGCAAUCCGCCAUCAUCUUGACACGGGGCGAGUAUUCCCACUGGCGUCUGCAUCUUACACAAUGCGCCAUGGCCAUUUGCAGAGCUAUGGCUGGGAAGAACCAUUUGAGAAGACUAAGAGUCUGGCAGGCUCCAUCUAUGGCCGCAGCGCACUGGACGAAACCUACGAAGAAAUGGAGAUCCCUAUUCGCUCCAGCAGCCGGCAUCAGUGGUCGGUAUCACCGUCCAACACGCCGACCGUGUCGAGCAUCAGCUCUCCCUUCCUACGGCCCCAGUCCCACCACACGCCCGACACAUCGAUCGAUAUGAUGCCCGUCCUGUCGGAAAAGACGAGCUACAGUCGCCAGUCACGAAGUAGCAGCGCCAGCAGGACGGAAGACGACAGGAGCUCGUACCGCACGGCUCUCGAGCCCACCGCACACGAGGUGAACGCCCUCUCCAGAAAGCCAUUCUCUCGCUUGAAUGUCGCCGACGUCGAUGCCGCCGAGGAUGCCCCUAUGUUUGGCAAUUCGAUCACCUUCCACAUCGACGGCUACCUCGACUCGGAGAGCGAUGUGAACUCCGAUUCUGUCACGGGAGGAGGCAGGGCGCGGGGCGAAUGCGAAGGGCCCCUGUUGUUCCGCGACACAUGGUACGGGAUGGGGGGUCUUCAGCUUCCGGGACUCUUCGAUGCCAUCCCUACCGUUCCGACCAAGAGCCGGAGCCGUGAUGAUCAGGGACCCCGGCACUCGCAGCAGAUGCGGUCUUCUUCCACUCCUCCCCCCGUGCCGCGACGCGCUCGCAGCGCUGCAAUGGCCGGGACGUUCAGGGGAGUCGAUCGUGGCCUGUCGUGGACGGGGACGGGGACGAGCACUUGCCAUGAUUAUUCCGAAGACGAAGAGAUCGAGCGCAAGGGCCACACGUACAGCUCAUACGAGCGCGACGAAGACGCGACGUUUUCCGACAGUGGCAGUUCGGUUUAUGAACCUUCAGUGCCUGUAGAUGUACCGCUUGCGAGGAAGGGCAGCGUUCGGCGGCUUUCGGCGAUCGGGGGCGUCUACGACGCUGCCUCCGUCGCGAGCCAGGAGCAUGGCUGGGAGAGGGUCGAUGUGCGGACGGCUGUACGGCUCAGGAAGGAAGCCAAGGCGAAACUGAGGGCCGAUGGCGUCUUGACACCGAGAUCGGGUCAUAGGGGUAUUAGACGCGAGCUCUCGAGAGGUCGGACCUUGGAUAGGAAUAUCCACCCUGGGUAAAGCAGGCAUUGGAGUGGCAUUUAACGAGUCUACGUGGUGGUGCUUUCUUUGGCAAGGUAAUCUUUCAAGGUGGUAAAGGCGGGACUGGAGUAUAUCUGGAUGGUCUGCUAUUUUUUGGGGGAUUGGGAUUCAAUGACCAAGGAUACGAUACGGGAGGAAACUUGGGGGGAGUUACCAUGCCGGGACUGACGCAAAAGAAGCGUCUGGGUUUGUUGGACUCUUUUAACAUCCGACUGGUUGGAAUUGGGCAUUCCCCUCCUGAGAUGGAAUAGCCCCUGUAACAAGGACGGCGUUCGAAGUGAUAGGAAUACUUGAAAAGGGAUUCUAUACAAGCAGCGGCUCAGGGUGGCUAGCAAGGGACCAGCGACGAGCGCUGUCCAACCGUACUCUGCAUCGCAUUCCUCUCG